CAGCAGCAAUUCCCAUUUCUAGAUCAAUAGGCAGCUUGUCGUCUUCAUCCCAGAUUGGUCAGCUACAGUUUAUCAAUCAAAAUGUGUCAAAAUUAAGUUUCUAAUGAGCAAAUAUGAUCCCGUGCCGCCUCAUCUUUCCUUAAUAGUUUAAUCCUCUCAAUGAUUAUAUUAUUUUCAUUAUUCAGCUCGUUUAAAAUCUACCCAUGUAGCUGAUUUUUCUGUUGGGAAACGAAGGGACGAAGAAAUUUCAUGGGGUUCGAUAACUUUGAUUAAUAUUUUCGGAUUCCUUGCCUUCUGGGUGUAGAUUUUUCUAUAUGGGUAUUUAUCUUUUCAAAUCUCCAGAUUAGUAAGAGGAAUCUGAGCUUCAAAAAUGGUGGGUGCCCGCUUUGGGCAGUGGAAUUUGCUUUCGGAUCAUCCUGGAAGGACUGCAAAUGGUAAUCGCGAGACAGAGAUUGGAAAAGAGACAAGCAUGAUUAAAGAAGGAAGUAUAUUGGACAAGAAGAGGCGGCCGACGUUUUUUGGGAUUAUAGUCGAUGGUGAUGGUGCACGGAGGCUUAACGGCGGCGAUGUACUGUCUGCCAAUUGGAGAAGUCAUUUAAUUGCCAUUCAUGUCUGUGAAGAUUCAGAAGAUGGUCCGAAGUUCAGCAAAAGUUUUCCUGUAAUGAAAACGAAUGAAAUUAGGGGUUCAGAUUCAGGGGAAACUUUUGCUAAGAAAUUGAUUAAGAGACUAGCUAAGCGGAGAGCAAUUGCCGUGAUGUUAGAAUUUGACCCGACCGGUCCACUCGGCAAUUUGGUCUCAUUUGCCAAAUGCUAUGCCAAUCAACUACCUGCAACUAGUAUUAUGCUUGCUGACAAGGGAAAGACCAUCUUUAAAAGGCAGUCAGUUGAUCAGUUAAGAGGUCUUCAAUUACACUUGAGGCCUGAGUUCUAUUUCAGUAGAGUUAUUACAACCUCAAGAAAUGCAAAAGUAGCAAAGGGAGAUAGUAAUGAGCUCCUUGCAGCUGUUACUUCAGAUGAUUGGGAUGCAGAAACAAACUCAAGAAAUGGCAAUGUAAACAGUCAGGAUAAGAAAGCUCUUCUGAGUUCGAUUUCUGUUGUACGAAGACAGCUUCCAGAAUCAAAUCUUGGUUGGCCCUUUCAACGGAGAAGUUCUCAAGUAGGGCAAAAGGUUAUAAGAAAAGGAGCUAGAAAUCUGUCUGUGGUUCAAUGGGUAAUGAGCCUGCCUAAUAGAUCAGGUGCAGAGUUACCAAAAAACCAAAAUGAUAUGGCUUUGGAAAUACCAGAAAUUUCUUUACAAAAUGAAUCCGAGGGGAUGGAAGAAACCAGUCAUCUAGUGCUUCAAAACUUUGUAGAUGAGGCUGGAGACAGUAAUGAAAAUCCAAAAGGCGGUAAACUUGGUAACGAAGUCAAACACAAGGAAAAAAUGGGCCUUUCAGUCUCCUUUAUUGUGAAAGAAUUUCAACAAGAGGCACCUGGUUGGCCUCUUAGACCUGUAGCUCUUUCGGAAAGGUCAGAUUCAUUGCAAGAAUCUGAGGAAACAGACAUACAAGAAGGAGAUUCAGAGACAAGCAUGUCUAACCGAACACUUGAUACAAUUGACACAAAUUUGGAGUCCCAGAAUGGUUAUGUUUCCAAUAAUUCUAAAGAGCGUGAAGAAAGGGUGAUCUUUAUUCAUUCUAAAGAAAUGAGUAUUGAGAAUAACACUCUUGAAAUAGUAUCCAAGCAGCUGGAGUUUCCCAUUGAGAUGAGUCGAUCAGUUUGCAAGUGCUUCUGCUAUUCAGAGCUAAAGAUGGCAACUUCCAAUUUCUCGGCAGAAAAUCUCAUAGGAGAGGGAGGAUAUAGCGCUGUAUACAAAGGAUGUCUUCUCGAUGGAACGUCGGUUGUGGUAAAAGUUUUGAAGCCCUACAAGAAUGCUCGGGACAAUUUUCUGUUGGAAUUAAACAUUGUUACCUCAAUCAAACAUAAACACAUCACACCUCUUAUUGGUGUAUGUAUGGAAAAUGAGCAUCUUAUUUCAGUAUACGACUACUUUCAUGAAGGGAGUUUGGAGGAAAAUUUGCAUGUAAGUCAAAGUGGAAAAGGUAAAACUCAAUGGGAAAUGAGGUUCAAAGUAGCUAUUGCUGUUGCUGAGGCAUUAAACUACCUUCACAAUGAGUGUUCUUCACCUGUAAUUCACAGAGAUGUUAAAUCUUCCAACAUUCUUCUUUCUGAGAAGUUACAACCCCAGCUAUCCGACUUUGGCCUUGCUAUGUGGGGACCAACAGAUUCAUCAUAUGUAAUUAACGAUGACGUGGUAGGUACAUUUGGAUAUAUAGCUCCAGAAUAUCUCAUGUAUGGAAGGGUCAGUGACAAAAUCGACGUUUAUGCCUAUGGGAUCGUCCUUCUCGAGCUUUUGUCAGGCAGACAUCCCAUUGAUUCCGGUGUUGCUGAAGGACAAAGAAGCUUAGUCCUGUGGGCUAAAGAAGUUUUAAACCGUGGGAAUUCAAAGGCAUUGAUGGAUCCAGACUUGGAUAUAGACUUCAAUGAAGAUCAGGUUCAAAGAGUGAUUAUGGCAGCCACCCUUUGCAUUGAUCCAUCAGCUCGGUUACGUCCAAAUAUGAGUGAGAUUCUGAAGCUAUUAAAAGGGGAGGCAUGUGUAGAUGAUUUCAUAAAUUUUCAUGGUUCAAAGGAGCACAAUCAUGAUGUCGAUGAUGUUGAUGAUAUCUUAUCAAAGUUCAUGAUCAAACCUAGUCUAAGUUUUGCACUCCGUGACAUAGACCAUGAUCGUGCACCGUCAAGUAAUCCACAUACAACAUCAAAUGUCAUGGUGACAAAACCACGGCGUCUAAAGUUAAAAGACUAUUUGAAAGAUCCACAUGAAUAAACAGAUAAAUUAGCGACAAAUAAAUAUAAGAAAAAUAAAAUUAAAUUUUGCUCUGAAAUUUGUCCAUAGCAUUGUGUAAAUACAAAGUUCGUUUUGUAUUUUUGGCCACAAAGUUAAAACCUCGUUUGAUUUUCAAAUUUCAAUUUUCUCUCUUUUCUAAAAGAGUGAAUAUGAUUGAUUACCAUGAAUAUGAAAUUGUAUAUAUACACAUUGAUCAAGAAACAAAAUUUGGAGCAUCAAGAUUUAGCUGUGAUAUGAAUCUUUUCUUUAACCAUA